AUGACUUCACACUUCUACGAAGUUGCACUCUUUGGAGAGUUCUUCUCCAGGGAUCUGUCAGCUAUCAUGAAUCGAAUCACUCUCCACAGCGAAUCCGCACAUCAGAUGCAUGCGCGGGAGCUGGUGUACGAGCCAUACGAUGCUCAGCACCAGAGAGACCUGGGCAGCGAGCCGGUCCUGCUUCGAGCACGUAAGGAGUUGUUGGAGCCUGACGCGAAAUGGACGCUAUACUCGUACCUCAAGCCCGAGUCUGUGCGCGUGCAUCCUGAGGCGACAGUAAGACCGUGGGCCACCCUUCAGGUGGUAGGUAAUGCCCUCAAUUUCGCAUCAGCUCUGGGAUACAUCCGGAGAUCGCAAAUGUACAAGCGUGGUUACGUUUUUCGACGAGGAUUGCUGGUCAUCCAGAUGUUACAACAAGAGCAGGUCGAUCCGAAAACACAAAAACCGCUUCCUGCACAUGUCGAUACGUUGUGGGAAGUAGAAGUAAAGACCGCCGCCCCAGUCAAAAACACUCAAGAAACUCCGCUGAAGAACUACGUGGACGCAGUCCUCGAGGUGCAGCUACUCAUGAAGGGCCUGCUCGAUCUCAGACGACAGGAUGUAUGA